AUGGAGGUGGACGGGACGCCGGACCUGACGGACUUCAUGAACGACUGGUUCUUCGGCACGGUCGGCGCGCGGCACAGCGGCGGCGGCGGCGGCGGCGGCGGCGGGUACGAUCUGACCGGCGACAGCGGCAAGAGGCCAGCAUCGCCAGCGGGGAAGAAUAAGCAGGGGAAGAGCGGCGGCGGCGGCAGCGGCAGCGCGAGCAAGCAGACGCAGGAUUGGCUGGAGGAGGCGAAGAGGAUGGUCGGGGCCGGAUCGCCGGGGCGGAUGGGCCUCGGCUCGCCGUCCAGGCAGGUGCCCAGGUUCGCCGGCGGGUCCGGGACGGAGCCCUCGCCGGCGCUCGACCGCCGGGACCCCAUGUCGCGGUCCGCGAGAAGGCACUGGCAGCCGGGCGGCAUCGGCGACGAGAUCCUGCAGCGCGCGUCCAUCUCGUCCCCUCCGCGCUCCGACCCCUUCGCCUCCUCCGCGCCCCCCUCCCCGUCCCCCUCCCUGCCCCCAAACCCGCAGUCGUCUCGCCGCAAGUCCCGCUUCCGCGACGCCCCCACCCCCGACUCCCCACACCACCGCACCACCUCCACAUCCACCUCGCCCACCUCCGCCGCGCACUCACGCCACCGCCGCCACGCGUCCGCAUCCUCCGCCCCCGCUUUCGCCGCCGAAGUGUUCGACGACGGUGUCGCCCGCCUCAACUCCUUCCUCCGCCGCCAGCGCGCCGUGGUCGCCGAUCUAGCGGCAGGGGACCGCCCCCGGUCGAGGUCCACCAAGCUCGUGCUCUCCGACGCCUCCAAAAGUGUGAGCUCGAUUGUGGCGGCGAUAUGCUACGCGUGGAUGCUGUCGAGCAAGGGGGAUGGCCAGGCAGCGGUGCCGGUGGUGAACAUGCGCCGGAGCAGGAUGCCGAGGUGCAGGCAAGCGGCUUGGCUCCUCUACCACGUCGGAGUCGACUCCUCGGCACUGCUCUUUGCUGACGAGGUUGAUAUGGAUGGAUUAAUAAUGGACCAGAGAAUUAGCUUGCUUGUGGUGGGGCAAGAUGUUCUGAAAUCAAAAGCUGAGGUGGGCUCAGUUUGCACAAUCCUGACCAAUACCUAUUGUGAAGAUGCUUAUAGCAUACUUCAGAGCUUGGACAUAAAGAAACUUCUGCUUGCAGGUAUCCUCCUAGAUACGAGCAACCUUUCCAAAAAGUGCUCAAAAAGAGAUUCAGAGGCUGUUCAACUGCUUUUGUUCGGUACAUCUGAGCAUAUGAGGCACGAAUUGUUUCAGCAAUUGAUGCUUGAUCACAAUGAUCACUCUUUUGUUGAGUACCUGAAGAACGCCUACGUAAGUUCAACCACAGAUGGUAAUGAUGAAAGUCCUCCAGAGCAAAAACGUUCUACUUCAGCAUCAGGAUCAUCCCAAGACACUAAGAAGUCAAAUUCAAUUAACCAAAGGACAACUCGUGGAAGUGGCGUAAAGGCUGCAGAUGAGGCUCCUCGUGGGAAAAACAACUUUUUCUUGGCGAAAUGGUUUGGUUUUGGCCGAAAAUAACCUUUUAUCAUUUAUAUUAGUUUGAUCAGUCAUUUAACUGAUAUGCCAUGAAUUUGAGAAGUAUCUUUGUUCCAAGAAAGUUCCGUGUGAGAACUUCUCUCCCCAUGUUGUAUUUUGUGAUAACCAUAUUGCAUUCUUUGUAACUAUUUGAACUGCUCAUUUGAUCAGAUAAUUUACUUUCCCAUGUUUACAUAA